AUGGAGGUGAGGGAGGCGUUCGAGAUCCAGCAGACCGCAAGUUACAUCGUGACACGUGGCUUCUCGCGCGUGUGCCUUCAGUUCCCCGACUCGUUCCUCCCGCACGCGGUCUCCGUCCACGACGCGUUAAGAGCCGAAUGCGCCGCGCUUAUCAACAGCCAGCAUCACGCAGCUUGUAGUGGGGAAAAUGAGACCAAAACGCCACCUAAGACUUCCCCUGAAACCACUCCUGAAAUUUCUGUUGAAGCACUUCAAGAUCAAGACUCCUUGAGAUCGAGCGACCCGCCCGGGAGAAAACUGCACGGGUCUGGGUUUCCGGGUUUUACGGAGGGUCAAGGAGAGAAGCAGUUAGAAAAGGGGGGUCAGUCGGCGGGAGAUGCGGCGGAUCCUCCGCGUCGGGACUUGCCGCAUUUCUAUGUGCUGGCUGAUGCGGCGACCGCCACGUGCAGCAGCUGCUGCGUGGAUGAGGUGUCGCCGUGCCACGUCAGCGCUGAAUGUAUCAUCCACUACGGCCACGCGUGCAUGUCGCGCCGCCCGGCGCGGUUCCCCGUGCGGUACGUGCUGCCACGUCAGCCCAUCGACGUGGCGGCGUGUGCUGCGGCAAUAAAAGCACACUUCAAGAGCAGCACCGGCGGCGGCAGCAGCAGCAGCAGCACCACCACCAAUAGCAACACCCCCGCAAGUACCGGCGCCGAUAGCGGAGAAUCCCCCCCGCGCGCGCCCCCCCGCGUGGUGCUGGUGCUGUUCGCGCUCGAGUUCGCGCACGCCGCGGACGAAUUUGCGCUCGCUCUGGGGGAAAGCGGCGGAGCGGAAGCGGCGGAGGCAGAGAGGGAAGGUGCGGGGGAGGGGGAAGAAGUGCGGUACGUGGUGGCGCAGGUGCGCGAGCGGGAGGUGGAACCGGAGGAAGGGGGGAAAAGUGGCGGUGCUGACACGUGUCGCGCCGUGAGUGGCGGGUGCUGUAACGGCGGUGCCAGAGAGGAGACUGACAGAAGCGCGUGCUGCGGGGGAGCGACAGAGAGGGGCACGUGCGGAAAUAUCUCUUGUUGUGGUGAAGAUAUUUCCUCCAAUGCUGCUGCUGCUGCUGCUGCUGCUGCUGCUGCUGCUGCUGCUGAUGGUGGUACUGCAGCUUCAGUCGCUGCCAGUAUCCAUUCUUCUGCCGCCCAGUGUGCCGCCCAGUGUGCCGCCCAGUGUGCUGCCCCUGGCACUCUCUUCGAACACGGCGGCCUGCGGUGGGUGCUGCCGCCCAUGUCGAGCAUGGCUGCAGAAACUGCCAAAAGCAGCAACCCAAUUAACCAAUCGGGAGCAGAAGCACCAUCAGCAGCAACAGCACCGGCGACAGUGGGGGUGACAGCGGUGGUGUGGGUGGGCAGCAGUGACGAAUGCCCAUCUCUCAUCACUCUCGCCCUCGAGCACAACCAAACACCCAUUCUCAGACUCGACCCCACCCACCUAUCUCCUGCUGCUGCUGCUGCUGCUACUAUUGACAGCCGCACCACCGCCUGCAGCAGUAACACCAGCACUCUCACCACCAGCACCACCAGCGAGAGCCCUUCUCCUUCCUCUACCCCUGAUUCCGCCCACACAGCCCCGCUCUUCCAUCCGGUGGACCACUCCCGCCUGCUGCGCCGGCGCUACUUCCUCGUCGAGAAGACCAAAGACGCGUCAAUCAUCGGCAUUGUAGUUAUCUCCCAGUCUGCCGGCGCUGCUGCCGCCUCCACCCGCGCUACCGUUGCUAGGCUUCGAUCCGCAGCGGUGGCUGCAGGGAAGAAGGCGUAUGUGAUUGCGAUUAGGAGACGGAUUACGCCGGAAAAGCUCGCGAAUUUCCCCGAGUGUGACGUGCUGGUGCUCGUGGCGUGUGCGGAGGGGGUGCUGCUGGAGGGUAUGGUGGAGGGGGCCAGUGGCAGCAGCGGUGGAAGCAGGGCGUUCUACGCGCCGGUGGUGACGCCGUUUGAGGCGAUGAUGGCACUGGAAGAAGGGCGGGAGUGGACGGGGGAGUAUCGGAUGCUGCUGGAUGGUGCUGGGGUGGGGGGGGUUGGGAGGGGAAAAGCUGUGAGGGAGGAAGAGGCAGGUUCAGGGGGAGAGAAUGAGGAAGGUGGGGAUGAUGUGGCUCCGCGAUUUUCCUUUGUGAAAGGAUCGCUGGUUUCCCCUGCUCCUCACAAACCAUCGUCUGCAGCACCAUCAGCAGCACCAUCAUCAGCAAUAAAAGCAGCAGAAUCAGAUGAAUCUGUUUUGGCCGUCCGGCAGGACAUGGCUCUUUCUAUUCUGCCCGUUUCGUCCGACUCCUUGGCCCUGGCUCGGGCGUCUGGCCAAUCGGGGUACGCCACGUCAGCAGCGGUGGAGGCGAGAUCGGGAUCGGAAUUCCUGGCGCUGCGGCGUGACUAUAAAGGGCUGGAGGUGCCGUGGUUCAUGGCGCCUGGUGGGACGCCUGGUGGGACGCCUGGGGGGACGCCCGGGGAAGCGGGAGGGGAUGCAAGAGGGAGAGGGCAUGAGGGCGGAAGGGAGGAUGGGGGAGCGGUGGGUGCUUUCAUGCCGAGAGUGGCUCCGGCUAUUGAUGCGGUGAGGGUGGUGGAGGGGAGGGAGGGCCGUGCUGCCGGAGAGCGCGCCGAGCGACGGGAGAAGAAGAGACAGAAGAACAAUGCUGACACGGAAGCCGCCACCCCCAAUGAUUACAUAGACAUGCUGCCGGUGAACCUCUGGCACAAAGUCUUUCUCUACCUGCUGCUUCCGCCAGGCUCCUCCCACCCUGAGACUCCCCUCGUCCGGGGCAGACAAACUACUCCAUGGUAUCUCUCUGCCACAGAGCAACCCACAGCGUGCAAAAACCUGCCCGUGAAAUUUGCGGACCCUAAUUGCUCAGCAGCCGGGCAGCACUGGAAGAACGCAAGGAGCUAUGGCAGUGGGUGGGCCCUGCUGUGCUGCGCCAUGGCCAGCAAGAGGCUCCUCUACCACGUGCUCUCCUUCUCCGCCCACCACCCCAUCGACCUCGUUUACAACGAGCUGCACCCGCAGUGGAUCAAGAGCGUCGAAUCCUUCCUUCGCCAGCGCCACCGCCUCAGGUCCCUCGCCCUCACCUUCACGGACAAGGAGCAGCUCGAAAACCUUUGCUCGCCACUCAACCGGCCCUUCACCUCCCUCACCUCCCUCAGUCUCAAGCUGCGGUGCUGUGUCGACACAUCCGACAGGUUUGACGAGGAUCCUUAUAAGGAUUAUAAGGAUGAAGAGGAUGAAGAGGAUGAGGAGUCCUGGACCCACUCCUUGAACUGCCCAGGCCUGCAGCGGCUGAGGCUCGGCCGGGGCAAGUGGAGUCUCCAGGAAGGCUGGGCUGAGCGCUUCAAGUCGCUGCGCAGCUUGACUCUCAAACAUAUGGACUGGAGCUACAUGGAUAUGAAGUAUCUAGACGUGGUCACACCGCGGCUCACGGAAUUCGUUCUCUACCAUAGCUGGGAUUUGGACCCCCGAACCUCAGGCCUGGGUGGUGGCGGCACAUUCUGUUUCGACUUGUCCAAAGCUCAAACCGUCUGCUUUUACUUCCCGCAUAGCAGCCUCACGCUCUCCCUCACACUCUCUUCCUCGCUCAAGGCUUUCUCAGCCAUGGCGAAACAGCUCGUGCUCUCAUGCAAAAGCACUGAACCUCUCGCUCUCCACCACCUCUUGCUGUACGGCCAGCAGCGGCUUGUCAUCUCCUCCCUCCGCCUCGCUUCCGUACGAGUGGCCUAUCUCAACGGCCCAUCCAAGGACCACCACUCCCGCAGUGACGAAUAUUUUUCCCACCUGGACUUUCCUGAAUUGUCCCCUCAAGCUUCACCCGAACUUUCUCUUGGCAGGCAGAGUGUGCACCGCCGCAGCUCUGCUGAGUUCUCCUGGGUUGAAUGGUUGCGCCCUAUAUCGCCAACAGUGGAGGUGCUUAUAGUGAGGCAUGGUGUGCCUGUAGAGGGGGUUGACGCUGAGUGGAGCAACCUGCGCAGCCUUGGGAUUGUCGUGGAGAGUGAGGAGCGGUUUGAGGUGGAUUUGAAGGUUGAGAAGCGUCGGGAUGACGGUGAGAAGGAGGUUACAGUGGAGGAGUUUCAGGAGCGCAACCAGAGGCUCUUGCACCAGCAGCGGCAGCAGCAGCAGCAGCAGCAGCAGCGGCGGCGGCAGCGGCAGGAGGAGGAGGAAGAGCAGCAGCAGGAACGAAGGCCUCCGUUUAUCAUGGCUCCAAAUUUGCGAGCAAUCUUUUACCCCACCAGCACAUGCGAGCAGCAAACCCUUGCUUCCCUGCGCGAAUUCUGUCCCUCUCUCGCCCUGUACUGCAUCUCACGCCGCUCGUUCUACUGGGAGAAGCAAAGAAAGGAGUUGCCAGAGACUCCGAUGGUGCAUGUGAGGAAGGCGAGAAGCGGGGUGCCAUGCGCUUGCUUUGCAGAUAAGCGGCCGAAGAACGGCAGCAGUGGUAGCAGUGGCAGCAGCGCGAGCAGGGGUGGCAGCAGCGGUGGCAGGAUAGGUGGCAGCAGGGCGUUUUACGCGCCAGUGGUGACGCCGUUUGAGGCGCUGAUGGUGCUGGAAGAGGGGCGGGAGUGGACGGGGGAGUAUCGGAUGCUGCUGGAUGGUGCUGGGGUGGGGGGGAAGGAAGAGGAGGAGCGGUGGGAAAGGAAGAAGCAGGGUCAGAGGAAGGAAAUGGGGAAGGUGGGAAUGAUGUGGCUCUGCGAUUUUCCUUUGGAGAGGGAUGAAGGAAGGGGAGAGGAUGAGGGAGGAAGAGAGGUUGGGGGAGGAGUGGGUGCUUUCAUGCCGAGAGUGGCUCCUGAGAUUGAUGCUGUGAGGGUGGUGGAGGGGCGGGAGGGCCGCAUUCGUCGCCUCCCACUGUCCAUCUAUUCAUCUGGCUCUCUGCUUGCUCUCCUUCCGCCCGUGCCUGCUUGCGCGCGGCCCUGUCCCCUCCCCACUGACGCCAUGGGCGGUCCCGCGGACGGGCUAGGGCUCGGCGCGGAGGUCAACGGGGGCGUGGAGUCCGUCGCGGAUCUCCUCGCGCUUCCCCCUGACGCCCUUCCGCGGAGCGACCUUUUCUUCCGCCUUGCGCGCUCUCAUUUCCGCGCAGCUGUAUCCGCCUCCGCGGGUGGCCCCACCAACCCCGCGGACCCCGCAAGCUCCCCCGCGGGUGGCGCAAAUGACACUGCGGGAGGCGGGGAUAUUAACGACAAUAGUAGCGACGAGGCGCUCGCUUUAGACGUUGUCCGAAACGCGAUUCAGCCUUCCGAGCGGCCCGACCACGUUCCGUCUCUUAUUCUUGCGUCCGUGAUUUGCGCGCGGCGUGACACGUGGAGCGAAGAGGGCGUGCGCUACGGCGAACGCGCCGUCGAGCUCGCUGCCAGCAGCGGCCCGCAGCGCGCUAAGGCGCUCCACGCGUUGGGAGUUAAUCUCCUGCUACACUCGCGCAACCAUUAUAUUUCCGCGGCUCGGCGUGACCAGAGUCUAAAGCGCGCCGUUGAGUCGCUAACCCAGGCGUCAGAAGAAGAUGCCACGUCAGCAGCUAUAAUGGUGGAUCUCGCGCUCGCGUUGGCCGAGCAGCGCCACGUCAGCGAGGCGCUGAAGGUCGCGAAGCGCGCGCUGAAAGCCGGCGGCGGACAGUGGCUGCUGGCGUGGCAAUUACUUGCGCUGCUGCUGACGUGUCAGCAGCGAUUCAAAGACGCGGAGGAUAUGUGCCGCGUGGGGGAAGCCGCCAUGAAGAAAGCGGGGGGCGCGGGGGGAGGGGGAGCGGAUGGGGGGGAGAAAGGGGAGGGCGCAAGGGCAGCGCUGCUGUUGCUGCAUGCCAAAGUGCAUUUAGCGAGCGGGGGAGUGGAGGGAGAAGGGGGGGAAGGGGAAGGCGGAGGCGGGGCGGGUGGUGGUGGUGGUGUGAGUGCAGGCGUUGGUGAGGCUGUGGAGAGCUUGAAGGCAGCCAUGGCGGCUGUACAGUCACGACAGAAGCGAGGCGACAUGGUGAGAGGAGGAGUAGGGAGGGAGGGAGGGAAGGAGAGAUUUAGGGAAGAGGUUGGUGAGGCUGUGGAUAGCUUGAAACAAGCCAUGGCGGCUGUACAGUCACGUCAGAAGCGAGGCGACAUGGGCGGCUCAGUGACAGAGGCAGUGGUGUGGCAGUGCCUGGCGGAGGCGUAUCUGGCUGGCGGGCGGGCGGCAGAUGCCGACCUCUGUGUGGCCAAGUGUCAGACACUGGACCCGUACUCUGCUGACACGUGGAUGGUGGCAGGCAUGCUAGAAGAUGCAAGAUCCUGCCCCCAGGAGGCCCUGGCCUGCUACCGUUUUGCACUGUCCACCAACCAGUCCCUCCGCCCUUCCCUCCCCACACAUCAGCACUCUCACGUCCUCUCUCUCCCCCACUUCCCAGGCAUGCUAGAAGAUGCAAGAUCCUGCCCCCAGGAGGCCCUGGCCUGCUACUGCAGUGCCCUGGCCAUCAACUGCUCGUUCAACCCCUCCCUCCCCACUCCCACAUCCUCGCUCUCACACCCUCACUCUCACAUGAUCAUUCACAUCCCCACUCUCCCAUCCUCUCCCAUCCUCUCCCAUCCUCUCCCCCUCACUCCCCCAGGCAUGCUUGAAGAGGCAAGAGGCUGCCCUGAGGAGGCCCUUGCCUGCUACCGCAGUGCCUUGGCCAUCGACCAAUGGCACGCUGCCAGCAAGGCACGGCUGGGAGCCCUGCUGCUGCAGAUGGGCGGGGAGUGGCUGCACAUGGCGCAGGUGUACCUGAGGGAGGUGGUAUCUGGUGAUGGGUUUGAUGCACGUGCAUGGCAUGUGCUGGGAUUGGUGGAGAGAGGGCAUGGGGAUGUGGGAGCUGCUGCCGAGUGUUUCAGGCGAGCUAUGGAGGCGGAGGAAACGGCCCCUGCUGUGCCGUUUAAUACGCUUAGGCCGAUCCUGCCGCAGCUGCUUCUGUAA